AUGGAAUGGAGCGUUGGCGGGCGGACAGGAGAUGUGCUCAGGGCUGCAACAUCGGCAAUUGCGACACAGGGCCGACGCUCGAACUGGCAUCAGGCUGUGGUUGCUCUUGCCACACUUCGGCAGCAGGGCCUGCGAACAGAUGUGGCGAUCUGCAAUGCGGCACUUUCCGCUCUCAGCAGGGGCAACAAGUGGCUCCUCGCCAUCCAGGCAGCAGAGCUUCUUUUCCUGCCCUCGAUCUCUGCGGCUCCCAGGUCUGGCUUAGAACCCGGCGUUGUGACCACCAACACGCUCUGCAACAUGUGUGGCAAGCAGUCUCUCUGGGAAGCGGCCACGGGUCUUCUGCAAGAAGCACUCGGGUUUUCUUUGGAGCUUGGUUCCGUCUUUCUUGGCACUGCAGCCUCAUUCCUGGAGCGGGGAAAGAAAUGGGCACACUGCCUGGAUCUGUUGCGGAGUUUCUGCGAACGGUACGUGGAGCUGGAAACCAUCACCUGCAAUUCAGCUUGCAGUUCAUGUGAAAAGGCCAGCAGUUGGGAAACAGCGAUUGGCCUCAUGAAUGCCGCUGGUCACGGUGGGAUCUCUCUGGACAUCAUCUCUUGGAGUGCGACUGUUAGUGCCUGUGAGAAGGCAGGCGUGUGGCCGCAGGCUUUGUCGUUGUUCCGGAUGGUUCAGACAUCGUUGAGCCCCAACUCCUUCACAUACUCCGCAGUUCUGAGCUCGUGCGAGAAGGCUACGCGCUGGCAGCAGGCAAGCCAACUACUCCAAGUGCAGAAGGUAUCAUCACGGAAGCUUGAGGCUCUUCAUUACAACUCAGUUAUGAGUUCGUGCAGGACAGGCAACUCGUGGAUGGUUGCGCUUGCAUUCUUAGAAGAGGUGAGCUUAUGUUCGGCAAACAAUAUCUCCUUCAACUCCGUCCUCCGAUCGCUGCUGUCUGAUGAGACUGACGAAGGCUUGGCCCGCUGGCAAGACGGCCAGCUGUUGCUGGAGUGGCUGCUCAUUGAUGGCAUGCAGCUGUCCCUAAUCACUGGAAACUCUCUCCUGUCUUUGUAUGACAAAGGAAGGCAGUGGAGACACGUACAGGAUCUUCUUGCGCAGCAGUCCUUCUACGGCUUGCUGGCGGAUAUCGUGACGUACAAUGGAGCACUGAGUGCCUUCGAGAAGGUUAGUCAGUGGUCUCGUGCACAAUGGCAAUUAGCAUGCAUGUUGAAAUUUGGGCCCCGGCCUCAGAUUGUGACCCUCGGCGGGUCGAUAGCCGCUUUGGGUGCUGCCCAGCUUUGGGAGAACUCUCUGUUGCGUUACAGCAGUUUGGGCGAAUUUGGCUUGAAGCCCAAUUCUGUGGCAUGCGGCGCGGUGCUGAAUGCGUGUGACAGAGGGCAGGGCUGGAAACCUGCACUGGCCCUGCUAUCUGCUGCACGGCGUGAUACCACCGAGCUUGGUGCUGUUGAGUUCAACUCGGCGAUCACGGCAUGUAGCUCCAGCCACGUCACCGAUCACGCGCUUGCUUGUGCGCGAGAGAUGCUGCAGUGCAGGGUGAUGCCAGACAUAGUCACGCGCAAUGCCUUGCUCACGCUGUGUGCUCGUGCAGGCAUGUGGCAUGAGGCUGUAGGUUUGUUAAAGCCGGCCUCACCGGCCUCGCCGGCCUUGGGCCUUUUGGCAUUGAGUGACCUGGCCAUGCAUCUGCCCUUGGACGUGCUGAGCUACAGCGCGGCGCUCGCUGCGUGUGCCAAGGGCCGCCGACCGCACGAAGUAGGCGCAAUCCUUUGGACAGCCAGGUCCUCGCGAAUUGAGAUGGAUAUGCAGGCGGCCACAAGUGCGGUCUCGGCGUUUCGGCAGGCCAGCUUCUGGGAGCAGGCGCUGCUCACCGUGGCUUCCAACCAAUUUCCUGUGGAUGCGGUUCUCCUGGACAUGGCUUCUGGUGCUUCCGAACUUGGAGAUUGUCCCAGCGCCACCAUCGAGCUUUUGGAUGCCGCUAAGUCCACCGCGGAUCGUGCAAUGCGCAUGCUAAGCCUAAGCUGA